AUGGCUAGUUUAGAAGAACUAAUAGAGGAAUAUAUAUGUCCUGAAAAAGUCAUGUUUACUUAUGGGAAAGAGAAAAAGAUUGAAUUAAUUUAUGAAAAGAAUAAAGAUAAGGAAGAAAAUAAAAUAAGAGAUAAUAUAUUGGAAAAAUUAUUAUUUCUGAUAGAAAAUGAAGAUUAUGAAGAGAAUGAAAAAGGACAUAAAGAAGAGACAUAUAAAGGAUAUGAAAAAAAGUCACAUAGUACAUAUGGAAAUAAUGUUAGAUCUUCAAAUCAUGUUCUUUCAAAGGAUAUAUUUGAUAUGUGUCCAUAUAAAAUAAAGAAGUGGCCUAACAAUAAUUUAAUAAAAAUAAUUAGAAUUUUGAAAAAGUACUAUUUUUGUAGUGAAAAUAUGAAGAGAGGUUCAUCCAUAAAUUUGGUUACACAACUAUUGGAGAGAAUAGACAUCUGUGAUAUGCCACUUGAUUAUUUUGAAACAAUCAUUUAUUUUUUUAUUAAGAAAAUAGAAGAUUGGCAUUGUAUUAAUGGGGUAGUAAAUUUUUUCUUUUUGAUGUUUGAAAAAUAUGAACAUGUUUUGAAAAGAAUUUAUUAUGAUAAUGAAAUAACAGAGUUGUAUAAAAAUUUGUUCAUUUAUAAAAAUAAGGAAAAAAGAACUAAAAAUAAAAAUGAAAAUGAUUUAUAUAUACAUAAUAAUGUUGUAACAAUAGGAGAUAAUAAUAAUAAUGAUGAUAAUAAUAAUAAUAAUCAUUAUGUUGGUGGUUUGAGAACAAUGAAUUGUUUUAAUGACGAAGAAGAGAAUGACAAAAUUGAUGCCCUUAUGGAAAAAGAUAUUUUAUAUGAAAAAUGUGGAGAUAAUGAAAAUUGUUGUGGUUCGGAUGGUAAUUAUGAAGAUGAUAAAUGUUUAAGUUCAUUUGAUGAAUAUGAAAGUGAUUAUGAUGAUAAUAUUUAUGCUGAACCUUCAGAUUAUAAUUCUUCAGAUGAAGAAAAUAACAUACAGGUAAGAAGAAAAAAUAAAGAACAAGAUGAAGGAGAACCAUUAUGUAUUGUAUAUAAUAUUUUGAAAAAAUUAUUUAAACAUAUUCAUGCUCCAAGUUAUUUACAAGGAAUACGAUUAAAUUAUUAUAAAAUAAUUUUAAUAUCCUUAGAAAAAUUUCGCAAUGAAAUCAUUACGGUUCCUAAUUUUAUUAACAAGAUUCAAGUACAAUUAGAAAACGAAUCAGAUCCUCGAAAUAUCUUAGUUUUAUUCGAUAUAAUUUAUCUUUUGUGUAAUGGUUAUAUAUCUCCUUUAGAGACAAGUGAAGAUUUUAUAAGUAUAAACGAAUACCAUUUAUAUGAACAAAGAGAUGAUGAAAUUAUAAAAGUGGUUAAAAAUAAUGAUGAUGAUGGGGAUGUACUUAAAAGUAAUAAUAAUAAUAAUUAUGAUAAUAAUUAUGAUAAUAAUAAUAAUAAUAAUUAUGAUAAUAAUUAUGAUAAUAAUUAUGAUAAUAAUUAUGAUGAAAAGGAUAUAAAUAUAAAAGAUGAAAAGAGGAAAAAAAAAUAUAUAAAUAAUGAGUCCUUAUUUACAUAUGACAAAGAAACUAAUUAUUUAAAAUCCCUUAUCGAUAUAUCAUUUUAUUAUUUCCCUAUAGAAUUUAUUAAUAAUGAUGGUAGGUAUGAUAGUAUUACAGAAGAAAAUUUAGAAGAGUCUUUUUUUAGAUGCCUUUUAUCAAAUAAGAGAUUAGGGUCAUAUGUUAUAAUGAAUAUAUUAGAUCAAUUUUAUAAUUCUGAGAAUGAUGAAAUAAGUGAGAAAAAUUUAAAAAGUAUCUUGAGAGCUUUAGAAGUAUGUGUACCAUAUUAUGGCUGUGAGUGUGCCUCUAAAUUUAUAACAACCGUUGUAGGUUUGAUAGAUUUAGAAUGUGUAGAAAAUAAUUCAACCGAUAAAAUGGUUAGCUAUUUUAUUGAUAUACUUUUAGUAUUUAUUAAUAUAUUAAAUAAAGAACCUAUAUCGACUAAAUAUAAUAUAUUUAAUAUGUAUUUAUCUAGUAUGUUUAAAAAAAUUCAAAAAUAUGUAAUAUUACAUAAGAGUACGUAUGAAAAUAGGACGUAUAAUAUAAAUGAGAUUGUUGAAAUUUUAAAAGGAAAUAGGGAAAUACAUAAAAAUGGUGAUAAUAAUAAAAUAAAUACAAAUGGUGAUAAUAAUGAAAUAGAUGUAAAUUAUGAUAAUAAUAAAAUAAAUACAAAUGGUGAUAAUAAUGAAAUAGAUGUAAAUUAUGAUAAUAAUAAAAUAUAUAUAAAUGAUGAUAAUAAUAAAAUACAUACAAGUGAUGAAUCCAAAAUGGUUGUAGAUAUGAAGGAGGACACUUAUAGAAUUAUUAAUUCAUAUGACUACUCGUCUCAUAAUUCUUCAGAUGAUGACAAUAAUGAUAAUUAUUUUAUAAAUACUAAUGAACAUAAUAAAAAUAAUAUGUAUGGAAGUGAUGAAAGUGAUAAAAACAUUUUUACUAUAAUAAAAGAGAAAAAUGAAAUUGAUAAAAUAAAAGAAAAGAAACAGAAAGAAAAAAAGAAAAAUAAAAUAAAAUUAGAUAAAUUCCCUGUUUUACAAAAAAUAUUAAUAUGUAUAUCAAAAGAAAAUACUUAUAUAUUUCUGUAUAUACUUUAUACAAUAGUAAAACCAAUAUUAAAAGAGUGUUAUUAUUUAAUAUGUUUUUUAACUAGCCAAAAUGAAGUUAUGAAAAAAUACAUGAAGAAAAUAAAUGAUAACAAUAAAAAAAAAAAAAUAAAUAAUAAUAAUAAUAAUAAUAAUAAUAACAGUAACAAUUAUAAUAAUAACAAUUUAUACAGUAAUGAGGAUAAAAAAUUCUUUACUCGUAAUGAAAAAGAAGAAGAAGAAACAAAAUAUAAUAUAAGAAUAAAAAAAUUAUUUAAUAUUUUAACAAGCUAUAUAAAUUUUGUAAACAAUGUUUUAGAAAAUUGUGUUGAAACAUAUAAAGUCAUAAAAUAUAAUAUAUAUUUUUUAAACGAAAUAUAUAUAGUAAGAGAAAUAAUAAGAAUAGGUGGGGAUCUUUUUGUUAAUAAAUAUCAUGAAUGUGGACUAGAACUUUUUAAUAUUCUUAUAAAUUUUAUAUGUAUUCAUAAUAAUGAUAAUGUUUUACAAAAGGAACUAAAUUUUGAUGAUGAUAAUUUAUCUAUAUAUUUAAUUAAUACAAUUAUUUCGUUUUUUUCUAUUGUGGGUUUUAAUAACGACUUAAUCCAAAUAUCUGAGUAUAAAAAAAAAGAGGUAUAUCUUUAUUACAAAUGUUGUAAUAAAUUAUAUAAUCUUAAACCAGAUAACAAUUCUUUUAAUUAUACAGAUAUAUGGAGAGAACAUAUUUUACAAAACUCUUUUAAUUUUAUAGAAGAUAUAAGAAAAAAUAAUGAAGAAAAUGUACUAAAUCAAAAUUGUGAAUUUAAUAAAAAUACAUUAUUAUUUUUUCUUAGUUUAAUAAACAAAAUAAUAAAAUAUAAAUAUAUGCACAUUAAAAAUUAUUUAAAUACUAUGUUGAUAAAUAUGUCUUUAUUCAUAUUAAAGAUAUAUAUAUGUAAGGAGGAACAUAUGGAUAGUUAUAUUAAUUUGUUAAAAAAAUUGUGUCCAAUGGAUAAUAUAACAUAUAUUAUAUUUGUUAUUACGAAUAUAUCAUCUUUUAUAUUAAAUUAUUUUUAUAAGGAUGUGCAAAGGUUUAAGGAGGAUUAUGUAUGUAUAAGAAGUGGUGAUAAGAUAUGUGGUGAUAAUAUAUGUGGUGAUAAUAUAUGUGGUGAUAAUAUAUGUGGUGAUAAGAUAUGUGGUGAUAAUAUAUGUGGUGAUGAUAUAUGUGGUGAUAAUAUAUGUGGUGACAAUAUAUGUGGUGACAAUAUAUGUGGUGAUAAUAUAUAUGGUGACAAUAUAUGUGGUGAUAAUAUAUAUAGUGAUAAUAUAUAUGGUGAUAAUAUAUAUAAUGAUAACAUAUAUAAUGAUAACAUAUAUUGUGAUGAUAAAAAUAAAUGUUUAAGUAAUAUAUAUAUGAUAGAAAAGGAUAAAGAGACAUACAGUGAUUUAUUUGAAUACAUAUACGACAAACAGAAUUAUAAUUACUGUUUAGAUAAGAACAUUUUAAAGGUAGGAUAUAGUUUAAAGUUUCCUAAUUUGUUAUUUGAAAAAAGUAAAAAUGUGGAAGAUGAAGGAUGUAGAAAAGAAGAGGAUUACGAAAAGGAUAUCAAAAAAAACGAUUUUGAAGAAAUAAAGGAUAAUAAUAUUUGUGUUUCUGGAAAUGUAAAAAAUGUACAAGAGGAAGACAAUAACAUUAUUAAAAUUAUAGUUAAUUCAAAUAUGAAUAAUGAUGAGAUUGUUAAUUAUCAUUUUAAUUUUCUUUUAAGUUUAACGUAUUUACAUAUAUAUUAUAGAUAUGUUAAUGUUACAAAUAUAUUAUUUUUAGAAGAUUAUAAUAAAGAUAAGACAAUAUUAUCUCUUGAGAAUAUUCAAAAUGAAAGUGCAUGUAAGAAUAAAAGAGAAAUGUUAUAUGGAAUAUUUAUUUCUAUAAAUAUUAUGGAGAUUAUGGACUUGUGUAUAAAAUAUAUGUAUGAAGAAAGUGUGCUUAACAAAUUUUUAUGUUUAAAAGAAAUGGAGGUAGAGAAAAAUAAAAUGAGAAAAAAUAAAAGGGACAAUGUAAUGGUUGAAAGGGAUUAUAUGAAAAUAAUUGAUGAUAAUAAAGAGAAUAUAUUUUAUUACAGACAAUAUUUGAACAAGAUAAAAGAAUUUAUACAUAUAAAUCAUAUAAAUGAUUUAGAGAUCAUUGAUUUUGAUGAUAUUGGAGAAAUCAUAUCAGAGGAUAAGUACAUUUCAGAAAAAGAUGGAAAUAAUGAUAAGGAUGAAAGUUUGAAUACGAUAAAUAAUAAUUUAUUUAAAUAUGAUGUUUUGAGCUUUAAAAAGAAAAAAUUUACGAAUUUUAAUUUGAUAAUUAAUAGAAAAGAGUUGUUAUAUAUGUUAAAGAUAAUAUUAAGUAUAAAUAUUGUUUAUAAUAAGAUAAAGAAUGAAUGUAAUAUUACAAAAAAUAAUAGACAGGAAAAAUUAUUAUUUUCAUUUUGUAAAUAUAUAUAUUAUAAAUGGAAAGGAAAUAUGAAUUAUCUCUUUAUAUAUUUUGAUAAAAUAAAAAAUAGGAAAAUAUUUUUGGAAAAUUUAAUUGAUCAUUGUUUAUAUAAAGUAGAUGAAUGUGUAAUAAAUUUGGAUCAUGUUAAGGGUGAUAUAUAUUGUGAUACAUUUAAAAAUAUGUAUAAUUUGGAAGAUAAUCAUUUUUAUCUUCAUAAUAAUAUUGUGAUGAACAAAAAGUAUGGGAACCAUCCUAUAUAUUUAUAUAAAUCCUUGAACGUUUUACUAAUAUUUUUUAUUCCUUCAAUGUUAGGUAUAGAUAAUAAUAUAAGUGAACGACAUAUAUAUGACUUGUUACAUUUGUGUAUGUACAUAUAUAUGUUAUAUAUGUAUAAUGUGACCACAAGUUUUAAGAGAAUAAAGGGUUCUUCAAUGUUGAAAGAACAGGUAAAGGAACAAAAAGAAAAGACAGGAGUUGAACGGAGUAACGAGGGUGUUGAGGAGGACGAAUGUGGCGAUGUGUAUGUUACUCAUGGUAAUGAUGAUGGUAAUGAUGAUGAUAAUGAUGAUGGUAAUGAUGAUGAUAAUGAUGAUGGUAAUGAUGAUGAUGAUAAUGAUGAUGGUAAUGAUGAUGAUAAUGAUGAUGGUAAUGAUGAUGGUAAUGAUGAUGAUGGUAAUGAUGAUGAUUAUAAUGAUGAUAAUAAUAAUGAUGAUAAUAAUAAUGAUAAUAAUAAUAAUGAUAAUAAUAAUAAUAAUAAUAAUGAUGAUGAUUUUUAUUAUAGUGAUUGUGACUCCUAUGAUGAUUAUACCAAACGUGAACGUACAUUUAUUUUUAAAAAAUCUUUCUUCUUUAAAAAAAAAAAAAAAGAAAUAAAUAAUAAUAUUAUUAUGAAUAAUGAUGUGUUAAAAAGUUAUGAUUCUUUUAUAAAUUUUUUGAAUGAGAAAAAUAGGAGGAUGCUUUAUUGUAUAGAAAAGGAUGAUAUUAUUCAUAAAAUAAAUUAUGAUGAUAUAAGAAAUGCUCUACAAUUUGUUGAUUUAGAUCUAUACGAAAAUAUAUAUCAUUGUGCUUUACAAGUCCUGUCUAUAAUAAUAUAUAAUAAAUUAUAUAAAAUGGAACAACUUAAUUAUGUAUAUAUUCAUAUGAAUAUAAUAAAAUAUUGUACAUUAAGAUUAAAGGAUAGUAUAAUAUUUAAGAUUGUCAUUGAUCAUUUUACAAAUAUAUAUCAAGCACUUGUAAAUAAUAAUUUAAAAAAAAAAAAAAUAAAUAUCUUUUUAUCAAUAGAUUCAUUUUUAAAAUUUAUUAGUAACACAUUUAAUUUUACAUUUUAUGAGGAUGAAAAAAUUCAAAGAAAAAUUAUGAACAGCUGUGAUUAUGAUAUUAUGAAUAUACAUGUGCAAGCUCUUUUUUUCCUUUUCGAUAAUUUAUAUUGUAAGAAAGAAAUCAUUCACGAUAAAACAAAAUAUGAUUUAUAUCUAACACAUGAUUAUUACAGUGAUAAGAUUGAUUAUAAAAGAAAUUGUUCUAAUAUAAAUGUUCAUAUAUUAGAUAAUAUAUAUACAAAUAAAAUCAUUGAUGAAAAAACUGAAGAUUGUAAUAAGAAAAUAAAUUUUAGUUGGAAAUAUUUAAAAAAAAUAAAUAUUAAUAUAUAUAAUUCUGUUAUAAUUAAAUUAAUAAAUAUACAAUCAUUAUUUGAUGUACAUAAAGACAAGUGUUCUAGGUCUUCCUAUGAAGAGACGAGCGAUUUUUAUUUUAUGUGUCAUUUUUUUAUUUCCAUAUUUCAGAUGUUUUCUUUAUUUUAUGAUUUAAGUUUAUAUCAUAUGAACAAACAGGAGGAAAAGUUAAAAAAAAAAAAAAAAAGUAGACAAUAUGAUAUAUCAAAUGAUAUAUAUGACGAAGAAAAUAUCGAAAGUAUAUACAGAAAUAUGACUAACAAACAAGAUAAGCAUGUAUUAAUUAUAUUUUAUUAUACCUAUAUAUCACAUAUAUACAAUACCUUAUUUCCAAACGUACAUAAUAUAGAUACCAAUACAUUAUUUUAUAAUAAUAAUUUUAAUAGUAUAUAUUUUCGACAACACGAUGAUUUUAUGAAUACUUACAAAAACUUUUUAAUUCUUUUUCUUUAUCAUAUGUACAAUUAUUUAUACUUUAUCGACAUAACAAAUAAAUUUAUAACAAUAACUCGGUAUUUUUUCUUAAUUAAUAAAUUUAAUAUUUCCUUUGAGAGUUCUUUAUCGUAUGAUUUAAUUCGAAAUAAAAAGGAGGUCGUUGAAUUUGUUGAGAAAAAUGUAGAUAAUGUGUGUGGUGGUUAUAAUAAAAAGGACAAGGAUAAUGAAGCUAAAUGUGAUGCUAAAUGUGAUGACAAAUAUGAUGACAAAUAUGAUGACAAACAUGAUGACAAAUAUGACGAUAAAUAUAAUAUAAUAAUAAGAAAAAAAGAACUUGUUAUUUCAAACAACCAACAGAAUGUAGAUAGCUAUAAAAAUAAUAAAAUAAAUUUCAUACAUGGUGUAAACAAAAUAAAAGAUAAUUCGUCUAUAUUAUAUAAUGUAAAAUUUAAAAGAAAACAAGAAAAAAAUAAAUUUAAUUGUAAAUACCUUACUUUAAUUAACUUGAAAUUAAUACUGUUAUCAAAUAUGUCCAUCCAAGAUAUUGUAGAUAAGAAUUACUAUUCGAUCUUAGAAAUAUGUAUAUUAAAAGGAAUUAAUAAAGUUGCUAAUUUUUUUAUUAAUAAGAAAGAAUAUUUGAGAAAUAAUAGAAAGUAUAUUACACAAGUUUUAAGAUAUAACAAUGAUAUGGUAAGGGAUAUAUUUACACGUGACUACAAAAAAAAAAAUAGAAAAAUAAAAGGAAAAAGAGAACACAAAAAUAUUCAAGAAAAUAAAAAAAAUGGAUUAUUAUAUGAAGAAAAUUUAGAAAAUGAAAAAAAUGAAUCCAUAAUUCAAAAUAUGACAUAUGAUCAAAUCUUACCAUCAUAUUGUGAAUAUAAAAAAUUAAUAAUAAGGAAAAUUAUUUCUAUGAACUUUAUUUUGUGUUUACGAUUAUUAUAUUUAAUUAUUAAUACUCUAAAUUAUUUUUUAAAAUAUGAGAAUAAAAUAUAUCAUAAGGAACAAAAUGAAGAAAGUGUAAAAAUGUUAAAGAAAAAUAUUUAUUUCUUAUUGUCUUAUAAAAGCAUAAUUAUGAAAAAUGUUAUUAAAAUGCUUGUUUCUGUACCUCUAGGUUUAAUAAGAUAUUUAUGUGUGUGUGUCUUAUAUAUUAUAUCUUUUUUUAACUACCAUUCAUUUCUUUCUUACGAAACGAUUCAAGAU